GUCAGGGUCCUCAGAACUCUCUCUCUCAUUCUGACUCAGCACGGCAACAGCACGGCAACAGCACGGCAACAUGGCUCACCGUCGCUUUGAGGGCAAAGAGCACGCAGCCUCCUACCUGAGGUACAGGGUGUCCCCCCCACAGGAACUGAUCGCAGAGAUACUGGCAUUUCUGGAGAAUAUGAAAGGAAGGCCGUUCGACCUUGCCGUGGACGUAGGCUGUGGCUCGGGACAGGGGACACUCCUACUGGCCCCUCACUUUACCCAAGUGAUUGGGACAGACAUCAGCCCCGCCCAGCUGGAGGUGGCUCUGGCCAAUAGCAGCGCCCCAAAUAUCUUCUACAGGCAGUGUCCUGCAGAGGAGUUACCGUUCGCUGACGGCGGGGUAGACUUGGUGACCUCCAUGACCGCGGCACACUGGUUCCAUCGUCCACGGUUCCUCCAGGAGGCAGACAGGCUGCUGAAGCCCAGAGGGUGUCUGGCCCUGAUCAGUUAUACCCUGGACAUGGACCUGGAGUACGGACAACACUCCCACACUCUGACUGACAUCUGUCAUCAGUUCUACAAGAACCUGCUGCCAUUUCGCAGUGCCCACAUAGGUACUACCACGGUCCCUCUCUACAAACAGAUGUAUGACUCAUGCCCGUACCCAGACAAAGAGUGGCAUGAGUGUCUGCGGAUGAGGAGACCGAUGCCUCUGAGUGGCUACAUCGGCAUGGUGGAGACCUUCUCUAGCUAUCGGGCGUUGCUGAAGCAGGAUCCAGUGGAAGCCCACAGGUUCUCCCAGGACUUCAGGAACAGGCCGAGGUUGCUGUCUGAGAUGGGGGAGUCGAAUCCAGACACAGAGAUCACAGUGGUGGUGAAGUAUUUCUACUGGCUGGCCUGCAAACCUGCUGCAGCCUGAUCUGGGGCAAAGACGCAGCAAACCUGCUGCAGCCUGAUCUGGGGCAAAGACGCAGCAAACCUGCUGCAGCCUGAUCUGGGGCAAAGACGCAGCAAACCUGCUGCAGCCUGAUCUGGGGCAAAGACGCAGCAAACCUGCUGCAGCCUGAUCUGGGGCAAAGACGCAGCAAACCUGCUGCAGCCUGAUCUGGGGCAAAGACGCAGCAAACCCCACAGACCCGUCUCUUCCCUUGAUGUUUUCUGUUGCAUCUAAUGGCAAAAUGACAUAACUAAAAGAGAGGUUACACAUUACAACAAAUAAGACCACAUGUUACAUACAACUUAAAUCAUUAGUCCAUCAAAGUCAAAAUGAAAAGUGAACCCACAUGAACUCCAAUACCACCUAAAGAAAAUGUUUUACGAUGUUUCAGAAUAGUCUGGAUACCCGAUGAGCUCAACCAUUUCUUGUUUUAUAAAGAAACAGCUUGUUAAAACACAA